AUGUCUUCGUGCUCGAAAGAUAGGGCUAACCAAGGGGUCAAACCAGAGCCUCUGAUAAUAACGGGCUUUGAGGAGUUUGAUGAGGAGCCCGCGGAGAGACGGAGAGAGUCUGGAAGGGUACUCAUUGGCUCUGCUGAAGAUAUUUAUGAGGUUGGAAAGAAAGUUGAGCCGAACAGUGUAGGAGGGAACGAUGAUCAAGAGAG